UGAAAAUGGAUUCAAAUUAAAUUCCUCAAAAGUCGAACAAAUGUUUUAUCACUAUGACAACCAUUUUUUUAGUUUACAGUUGUUACAAUCCGGAUUCAGAUAAAAUAUUUUCACUUCUUUUCAGUGACAACUUGUCACCGUGUCUUUCAACCUUAAUCAUUUAAAAUACUAAUCUAGUUAUUAAAUUAGAACCAUGAGUGCCAAUUCAACCGGUGAUAUGGACAUCAUUAAUGCCUCACGAGGUGUCUGGUUGGUUAAAGUACCUAAAUACAUGGCAACCGAAUGGGCAACUGCUCCAGCCAAAAGUGAACUUGGCCGGCUUAAAAUCAGCAAAGGCUUAGGUGGACGACCUGAGAUUCUGUUUGACUUAUCUGGUGACGUUUUUGAACAAGCUAACUCACAUAGAGGUGCUAGUGAUCCGAAGAUACCAAAGGAACAUCGUUUCAUUAUAAGCGACAUUUCUCACCAACAUUUAGCUGUUUUUUCGUGUCCAAAAGAUGAUAAAUCAGGAACCAGUAGUAAGCUUGUCUUGGAGGGCAACGUUGUCCAAAAAGGUGAAUGUAGACCUAAAGCUGAUACAAAUUACAUGAGACUUAAAGCCAAACAAAUGGAAAUCGCUCGAAGACCCAAUAAAGUGGUUCUCAAAUUAGAUCAGACUCCAAUUAGCUAUUUACCCGUCAAUUCUCAUAGAGUAGAGCUUGAUACUGAUUCCAAACGUAAAGGAGAAAAUAAAAAGUCGCGUGAUGAAAAGGACAAAGUUCUGGACAUGUUAUUCAAAGCUUUCGAGAAGCAUCAAUAUUACAACAGUAAAGAUCUUGAAAAAAUUACUAAACAACCUAGUACUUACUUGAAAACCAUUUUGAAAGAAAUUUGUGUCUACAAUACCAAAAACCCACAUAAAAAUAAAUGGGAACUCAAGCCAGAGUAUCGUCAUUACGAAGAGGAAAAGGGAAGCAAAAAUUGAUGAUGUCAAGAAUUUAAAAUUUGGCAAAAUAUUUGAAAAAAGAUUUUCUAUUAUAUUGUUGUGGAUUCUGAUGUUAUAUCUGUCCAACUGGUGCGAUGGUUUCUAUUGAUAUUACAAUUUAACCUGUAAUGAUUAUUUUUUUUUGAUACCGACGGUCAACCUCAACUUUUGUCGAGCUAUGCAAUGCUUUAUAAAUCAUUAUAAUGGACUUGAGACAAUGAUUAACAUUGUUUAUUGGGACCUUUGUUAUUACUAUCUCAUUAUGUAUAGUAAUUGUAAUUGAAGAUAUAAUACUAUAUCUUCAAAGACCUAUGAAGUCUUGCUUCAAAAAAUUGAUUUAUCUAACAUGAAAAUUUAAAAAUUUGGAAUUAGCAAAUUUCAUUGAUAACUCAAUGAAAAUAAUUGCAUCCAAAUUCAACUAAACACUUGAAUUUUCAUUUUUUUACAGGGUUGUAAUCAACUAUUUUCCAAUCGAUCAAUGUUUCUUUUUGCUCAAUCUAAACUAAUUUCUGCAUGUUUGUAAGAUGAACUUGAAUAUAUUAAUUUGAAACUCAAAA